AAUGCCCCGGCCGACAAUGGGGCGCAUUGGCGUUUCAGCGUAGACAAAGCGCGGCGACGGACGCCAAGUGCGGCGUGUUUUGGCCGGCGUCAUUCGCUCCCGCUGUUGACACAACCGGCAGCGCCGCGUAAUACUGUCCAUCGCGGUCAACACCGGCACCGGCAUCUACGCGGACGAGCGACAAUAAACAGCCAGCGCCUUCCGCAUUCGCGCCGGUCAAGCACUAUACACCAUCACAACGUAAUUAUGCGCAACUCCCGCGGCAGUUUAAGCGGCGUGUUCAACAACGCCCGGGAUGAGCCCAAGAUGAACAACGCCGCCCGCUUCCCGAGCUACCCGCUCCCGGAGUACGGCGGGGGGCCGGAGACGCGGACCCCCCGGAAAAACGUGGAUUUUGAUUUAUACCAGUGGGAGAGCCGGCAACGCAUUCGCGGGACGCAGGCGCUCUUCCUCCCGCUGACCAUCCUCCUGAGUUUAUUCGGAAUGUACCAUGUCCGGUGUCCGCGCGACACCGAGCCCCACCGCUGCCGCACCCGGCUCCUGAAGGUCGCGGGGGUCCUGUAUAGUCUUUUGGUGAUCGGGUUCCUUAUUUUCAACAGCGUGCUGUUUGUUUACUGCACGGUACGUGUCGGGUAUGAGUACCGCACGGAGGCGGCGGUCUUAGCCGAGCACGUCCUGAUUGCCGGGCGUCUAAUGUACGCAGCGCUGCUCAGUGUCGGCUUCUUCGUGGCGCUGGAGAGCGGCAGCCGGUUGGAGGAGCUGGAGCGGAUGUGGCGGCGCUGGUUAGCUGUGCAUCCCGAGGUCAGCGUUAUUAAGUUGCGCUGCCAGGUCGGCUGUGUCGUCACUCUCACCGUGUUGCUUAUCGUGGCGUUGAGCGCCAUCACCGGCCUGGCCGUAUCCGGCUACAUGACCGGAAGCGACAUGGAUCUGACCAACACCAACCCACACCUGUACCUGCUGGACGCCGACAGCCCCUCCUGGGCGGCGGCCUUCCAGGUCAACUUCAUCGUCGCGCAGGUGUACUGCCACGGGAUCACCGCGCUGGUCAGCGCCUUUAUCGCCAUCUGGUGCGUCAUCACCGCCGGGACGCUGCGGACGCUGUCCCGGGAGGUCACGGCGGAAGUGGGCGCCGGCAGUCUCUGGGCGCCGGUAGCGAUUGAGGACAGCGGCGUUGUGGUGAGCGUGCUAGAGUGUCUCCGGCGGAAGUACGUCACGGUGAUCCUGCUGGUGCGGGCGUUGUACGCCACGGCCUUCCCGCUUGUCUUACUGUCGCUGGCGGCGUUUUUCCCGAUGGUGGUUUUCAUCCUGUACACCCUCGUCACGCCGGUGCUGCAUGACGACGCCGGUGGGGUGGCGGUCAUCAGUGGCUACCUGCUGAUGAUCCUCACCGUGCUGCUCUUGGAGACCAUGGUUAUCGUGUGCAGCGUCGCCAAAUUAAAUGACAGUGUACAUUCGUUUACUUUAGAGCAUGACCAGCAGAAGCGUGUUCGGUUCGUACUCCCAUGUCCAGUAGCACUCGAUGAUGUGAUUUGCAGCAAACAAAUACAAUAUUUCUAA